UUUUUUCUCUCCUUUUCUUAAAUUUCUUCAUCAACAUGUGAAUCCAAAAUUCCACCUGAAAAAUGUGAAAACUAAAUUGCACCACAAGAUAAAAAAAAAAAAAAAAGAGAAAAAGGAAGAAGAAGAAAGCUUAUUUCUACGGCUCAAUUCCAUCAAAUCACAACAAUGAACACAAUCCUCGCCCUUCCGACCCGCACGUGCUUCUCCCCCUGGCUCACGUGCCGUCCCACCGCUAAUUCGACUCUCCGCCCCCCGCCGUUCCGCCUCUAUCUAUCUCAGGCGGCGCGUAGGAUGGCGCACGCUGCGGCGGCGGCGGAUGCGACGGAGCUGAAGGAGGGAAUCGCUGGAUUCUAUGAUGAGACGUCGGGGAUGUGGGAGGAGAUCUGGGGAGAGCAUAUGCACCACGGCUUCUACGAACCUCGAUCCGACGUCGGAUUGAGUGACUCCAGCCACCGUGAAGCUCAGAUCCGUAUGGUCGAGGAAGCUCUCCGAUUCGCCGGAUUUUCUGGGGAGGAGGAAGAGGGGGGAAAGCCAAAGACGGUGAUCGAUGUGGGAUGCGGAAUAGGCGGAAGCUCGAGGUACUUGGCCAGAAAAUUUGGGGCCGAAUGCGUUGGCAUCACUCUCAGCCCUUUCCAAGCUCAGAGAGCAAAUGAUCUCGCUGCUUCCCAGGGUCUCUCUCACAAAGUCUCGUUCCGAGUCGCAGACGCGUUGCGGCAACCGUUUGAGGACGCGAAAUUCGACCUGGUGUGGUCCAUGGAGAGCGGCGAACACAUGCCCGACAAAACCCAGUUCGUUAAGGAGUUGGCCCGAGUGGCUGCGCCUGGUGGGAGGAUAAUCAUAGUGACAUGGUGCCAUAGAGACCUCUCACCCGGCGAAGAAGCUCUUCAGCCAUGGGAGCAGACCCUCUUGCGAAGAAUCUGUGACGCGUUUUACCUCCCCGCCUGGUGCUCUACUUCUGAUUACGUCGCCUUGCUCGAAUCUCUCUCUCUCCAGGACAUCAAGUCUGCAGAUUGGUCGGAGAACGUUGCUCCGUUUUGGCCGGCGGUUAUACGAACGGCUCUAACGUGGAAAGGCAUCUUCUCUCUUCUUCGCAGCGGUCUAAAGGGUGUCAAAGGAGCAUUGGCGAUGCCACUGAUGAUCGAAGGCUACAAGAAAGGUCUCAUAAAGUUUGCAAUUAUCACGUGCCGGAAGCUUCAGUAAACAAACGCAAAACGCAGCGGCUGCGUUCAGUUUUUUUUAGAUUUUUCUCUUGCCCGACAUACUCCACCUGUCAGAUUUACAAUAAAAAUUGCCUCCACUUGUUUCAUUAUUUGGGAAAUUAUUUAUGAGGAUACGUUUGUUUUAAGAUU